AUGUUUGAUCCAUCGACGACUCUGACAACAACUCAAGAGAAGUUUCUCGCUAAUGUCAACAACAAACCGCGAUUUAUAACAAUGUUGUCUGGAAAACUCAAGCAGAGUCAUAUACUCGUGAACGUCGUGCAAGCAGAGGAUGAUGCUGGUCUUCUCAUUAUCAAUACUGCAAUUGAAUUGACGAAUGAAAAUCGAAGUAUAAUUGUUGGAAAUGAUGUAGAUUUAUCGGUCUUAUUGAAAACACUUGUUCCUGAGAAUAAACAUAUUCAUUUUAUGAAGCCUGGAAAAUCAAACAUCGACACAAUUAUAUAUUCUCCAAAAAGUUUUGAUGCUCACAUCACCGUUAAACCACACAUUUUGUUUUUGCAUGCUUUGACUGGAUGUGACACAACAUCUGCUCUCUUCAAUAAAGGCAAGGCAAAGGCCACUAAAAUUUUUCAAAAGACAGCUGACAUCAGAGAUUCACCAAAAGUAUUCAUUGAGGAAGGAUGUUCUCCAGAUACUAUUUUCACAAAUGGCAUCAAAUCAUUAUUAGCGAUAUAUGAUAAAGCUGUUAAGUUUUCAAUGCUGCCUCCAACAUCGAGUGCAGCUCAAGCACAUUUAUGGAUGGACUAUGACCGACGAAUAUUUACAGCCAAUACAAACUCUAUUGCCACCUGCUCCUGCUGUCUUAUUGAUCACAAUCUUUUGGAAGCUUUAUGUUUUAAUCAGUGA